GCUCCGCCCACAAAGGGAGGCGGGGAGUUUAAGGUCAAGUUCACUCUGGGCCCCGCACCUAGCCUGGGUCAAAAGCGAGUAACUCGGGUUGACCGUUAGGUCCACUGUAUCUGUUGACCCCCGAGAUUCUCCGGGUGCCGCUGCGGAGCCCAGCGACCGCGCAGGUUUGCGUGGAAGAGUGUAGCUGAAGUCAGGAGAGACACACGAAGGGUGCACACUGACCUUGUUCUUGAGCCAGGGUCAGAUGCGGCUGACCAGGCAGGGUGGCCGCUGCAGUGGAUGUGGAUGUAUGUAACAGCAUGAAGAACCGAAUCCCUGUGGUGCUCCUGGCCUGUGGUUCCUUCAACCCCAUCACACACAUGCACCUGCGCUUGUUUGAGGUGGCCAGAGACCACCUGCACCAGACAGGAAUGUACCAGGUGGUCGAGGGCAUCAUCUCACCUGUUAAUGACAGCUAUGGAAAAAAAGACCUGGUGGCCUCCCAUCACCGAGUAGCCAUGGCCCGACUGGCCCUGCAGACAUCUGACUGGAUUCGGGUGGACCCCUGGGAGAGCGAGCAGGCACAGUGGACGGAAACGGUGAAGGUGCUGAGGCACCAUCACAGCGAGCUGCUCAAAUCUUCAGCCCAGAUGGAAGACUCCAGGAAAACACCGUCAGCCUCCGCAGUGUUCCCGGGCUUCUUGUUCGUGGCAAACGUGCAGAUUCUCACCAGCAGGCGGCAGCAGAACCCCGCAGCUACAGAUUCCUGUAACCUCCCUGGGAUCCACCCUUGUUCUGCUGUGCUCCCCGAACUGAAACUGCUCUGUGGGGCGGAUGUCCUGAAGACCUUCCACACCCCCAACCUCUGGAAAGACGAGCACAUCCAGGAGAUAGUGGAGAAGUUUGGCUUGGUGUGUGUGAGCCGGGGCGGGCAUGACCCAAAAGGGUACAUCUUGGACUCACCCAUCCUCCGACAGUUUCAGCACAACAUUCACCUGGCCAGGGAGCCCAUUCAGAACGAGAUCAGUGCCACAUAUGUCAGGAAAGCCUUGGGCCAAGGGCAGAGCGUGAAGUACCUCCUCCCUGACGCUGUCAUCGCCUACAUCAGGGACCAUGGCCUCUAUAGCAGUGACAGUCCCUGGAAAGGGAAAGGAAACGCUAGCUAGAGGGCCUCGUGAAGAAUGGGCGGUCAAGGGCUUUGUUUUGCUUCGGGGGUCUGUGUUUCCCUUUCUGUUUGUUUGUUUGUUUUGUUUCUACCAUGGUAAUGCCAUGGGUGACUUCCUGCUGCAGGAAGAGAUUUUUUUUUCCUGUGGCUGGGACAGAGCAACUUAAAUGGCUUGGCAAGUCUUCAGAUUAGGCAAAACCUCUCUGUCUUUGAGGAGACCUACUUACUUGGUGCAAAUGGUAAUUAGAAGAUGCACACUGAUGAUAUUCUGAACACGGCAGGCCCCUGAGGGGUUGGGUCACAGUUGCCCUCGUGCAUUAAAAAACAAACAAACAAAAAAAAACCUCAGACCAGGUGACCAGGUGCAGCAUGGUGGUCUUGAUUGGCAGGAUUUGACAGGGUGCUAAUUACUGAACAGGGGGCCUUUGCAACGUCUUUCUUUUAAACAGAAUAAUACCAAGUGAGGAUUCAGAAAUCUGGAAACAGUGCAGCAUUGAUUUCCAGUGUAGUCUCUUACCAACCAUGGCCUGUCUGCCUAUGGUGUAACUUAAAAAAUUUUUGACCACGUUCUUUCUAUUUUGUAGUCAAGCAAUAUGUGUAAGAUUGUGUGUGUGUGUGUGUGUACAUGAAUAUGAGGAGAAAUCAGAAGGAUCUCAGAGUUCCUGAAGAUGGAGUUCUAGGCACUUGUGAGCCACCUGAUGUGGGUGCUGGAAACCAAACAGUCUUAUAGAGGAGCAGCAAAGGCUCUUAACCACUGAGCCAUCUCCCCAGCCCCCCAAGCAAUAUUUUUGAUACAGCAAGUAUUUUUACACUGCUAUCCUGAUUUCUAAAGAGAAACUGAAGUAAAGCAGAUGCCUGGCUGUUUUAGAAGCUCUUUUGAAUGUUUUAUGACUGCCUGACUGUUUGAAUAUUGGCAAAAGGAUAAAUAAUAAAUUGACAUCAAAAAGUA